AUGGCUUCCCUCCAGUUCAUCGAGCCUGCCGGCACAAUCACCGCAAACACAGUAUCAGGACCAUUCCGGUUCAAGCUCUCAAGCACAACCAUCGCAUCAGGACUUUGUUCUGUUCGAGAGGUCUCCGAGCCCGUAACUGGCCAAUAUCGUCGUCACUCAUCUCAAUCUUCGUCUUCUGCCGCUGCGUUGCAGAAUCAAAGAGUCGCCGCGAUCAUUCAAUCUACUGGACAUUCUAUCAAUACUUCGGCUCUUACCAACCGGUUUACUCCUCAGCAGAGUUCUAUACAGCAAUUCUACGCUUCUUCUGCUCCUAAUUCGACCACACACUUGCAACAGCGUCAGACACGUCCUCCAGUGCCACCGUUUUCGCAAUCAACUGGUCAAAUCCCACAAACUCCAAACAUGGCUAUGCAAGACAUGGAUCUCUUCGACGAGUUCACCGCCUUCGAGGGUGGAGCCUCGACAACUCAAAACGCGUUCCCAUCGGCUUACUCUUCGCCAGCCGUUCCAACGAUCUACGAUCCAAGCGCAAACCUAUCCUCUUCGAGCUCCACCAACAUGGGUACCGUAUCUCCACAAGAUUUACUUCGCGAUCCAUUCGCCUCUGCUCCUAACUCAACUGCAUUCACAAACUUGACAUCUCCUUCCACCUACAACGAGUCUCCCGAGUACAACGACAACUUCGAUGUUUCUCCUUUCGUAGGCAACAACGGUGAUAUCGAUCAAGCGCUCGCUGGUGACCCUUGGUAUCCUCUGUUCCCUCAGGAUGACCAACUGGAAUCUUCAAACGUCGAACAGUCUCCACUUCUCCCAGAAGAGGAACUGGAAGUUUCCGAGGCUCUCCGAUCUUCUGGUCGUCGUCGUUCUGGUACUGCAACAUCUCCACCAUCUGGUACUCUUACUGCUGCUUCCGGUGUUCGCAAGCGUGACAAGCCUCUCCCACCUAUCAUUGUCGAAGAUCCCAACGACACGGUGGCGAUGAAGCGUGCGCGAAACACCUUGGCUGCUCGCAAGUCUCGUCAACGAAAGAUGCAACGAUUUGAGGAACUCGAGGAUGAAAUUGCUAAGUUGAAGGCGGAGAGGGAUCAUUGGAAGAACAUUGCUUUGAGACGCUCUGGUGGGCAUUGA